GUAAACAUGAACGUCCCGUGUUUGAGCUCUUACGAGCUGCCAGGCCUUUGUUUGUAUCAUCAUGCCAUCUUCUUGAUCGGCCCCGAGAGAGGGCUUCUUCUGAUCUAAGUGCCCCAUCAGCUUGCCAGACACGUCCAACCAAAGUCAUCAUACCUAGCACUAAUAACCCCUCGACACGCGUCAGUCCUCAUAGUCGUCGAGGAGGACUUGAGAGGAAAGAGCGACAGCGACAGAUAAAUCACAUCAUCACCAAGUCGCCGCCAUGCAUAUCGACCUCCUCCCCUCUGAACUGGUGACGGACAUCUUCCUCGCCUUGCCUGCCAUCUCAUCCGUCAUCGCCCUGUCAUCAACAUGCCACCACUUUCGUCAAGUCUAUGCGUCUUCCAAACGACUUCGCAUCCUGUCGCAAGCAGCUGAGAAUGAGUUUGGCCCUACGCAAGACAUCAUCCAGCUCGUCACGCACAACUCCUCUCAGCCAGCACAUCUUCGCCGCUCGGUACCGCUGUCCGAGGCUCUGCUUCACUCCAUCGUAAAAGUCGGUCGCAUCGCCAGGAAGUGGGAAGAGAUGUACCCCUUCAAGAAAUGGAAGACGGACUUUGAGAACAGACGCGAUAUCACCGACGGCGAACGCUUCCGUCUGCGAAGAGCACUAUACCGUCUCUGGCUGUUCUCCCGCGCCUUCCAUGAUGGAGCCAUCCUCCGCUGGAUGAGGUGUCUACCCGCACUUCAACACGAGCGAACUCUGCUGCUUCACAACUUCAGCUCUGUCGAGCUAGCUGAAAUGCUAGAUGUCCACAACAUGCUACGCGACACAAUCAGCAGCAACAUUUGCCCCUCCAACGGCACCGUGAGCCGCAAGUUUCAAAAACGCUUCCCACACUCAAACUAUCAACUCCUCUUCAACACUCAUCUCAACCUCCCACCGCCGUCUUCUUUCGCGCAGCAUGGAGAAUACCACUGCUCCGAAGUCGCCGCCUCUAAAUCGCAUAACAAAUACACCCCCACCGCUCGUCACGAGCCAGGUGCAGAAGGCUGGGGCGAUGAUAUCCUACACUACUACGUUGUCGAGGACAUGCUGAAGCUGGAUCCCGAACAAUUGAUCCAUCUCAAAGAAAACGCACCCUACAAGAGUCAAGUAGAGGCUUAUAUCAAAAGCAAAGGGGACUGGUUCGACAACAACGGGGAGACGUUUGUCCAGACUUUGCACCAAGUUAUUCAUGACCGAGGCCAGGAUAUGGAUGAGUUCAAGGAUGCAAUCGAGGACGGAGAGAUGGGUGUCGCACUCCACUCAUGAUGUAUUGUGUGGAAAAUGGCUGCGAGGACGCAAGAUCGGACUCAAGUCUCGAGAGCAUGUCGCUGAGCUCAUUGUGUCAGAGGGCUAGAAUUUUUAGAAAUGUCUCGUUCGGCGACAAACAUGUCAAGACACGAACGAAGACGACUCAACAGCCAUCUCAGAGCGCCGACUACAUAUUUGAUAUAGAAGUCAUGCUGAGGCAGGUUCUGCACACGGUGGAUAGCGACAUUCAAUCGCUCCUCUUUUCCGCCAUCAGGUGUAAACUCGAAUGAGGCCCGGUACCCUUAUGCUUGUUUCCACGCUGUACAUUCAAGAACCUUGCCGAGGAUAGCAAGACGCGUGUGAGGGCGAAGACGAAGCAACAUCUUUCGGGCAACAAAACUCUAACUUGUCUAUCUUGAAUCUUCGAGCAUCUUUGAUGAAGAAUGCCGAUUUACCUAUAUCGCA